GGUUUAAAGAAAGCAAUAACAAAACCCUAUCUCUCGUCUCUUCUCUCCCAAACUCUCGCCGCCGUGAAAACCCAAAUUUAUCGACGAAACCAUGUCUACCGGAGAAGAAGGUCACAUGGCGAUGGCAGAUAGAGGCUCUAGAAAGAGAAGAGUCGGCGUAAAGAAAGGUACUAAAGCGGCGAGGAACAAAAAGUUAAAAUCAAAACCUUCUUCCUCCGAUAGGUUUAAGGUUACAAUGAAGAAUCAAAAGCUAUUUCAGAAGAGAGCACGAGAUUACAAUUCCGAUGAAGAAGAAGAAGAUGAAUCGACGAAACAACCAGAAGUAACAAUUCGUGAGAAGAUCUUCUCUGAUGCUAACAUGGGACCAAAUUACGAAGAAAUUGAAGAAGAAGAUGGUGAAGAUAAUGACGAGAAUUCAGAUGGUGAAGAUCAUGGAGAGAUUGAAUCUGGAAUCACUAAGUUUGCUACUGAUGGUUGUAAUGCUUUUAAAAUCGCUUUUAAAGCUAUUAUGAAGAAGACUAAAGGAGAUGAUACUUUGGGUCCAGUUUUAUCAGCACAUAAGCAUCUUAUUGGAGAGAAGCUAGCUGAAGAAGAAGCUGAAAAGAAAGCUAAAGGUCAAGCUAGAAAGGCUAAACAUUUGAUUGCUGAGAAAGGACAUGUUAAACCUGGAAGUUAUUUGGAUUCUCAUGAAAAGAUUCUUAUUGGUGUUGCUACUAAAGGAGUGGUCAAGCUUUUCAAUGCUGUAAACAAGGCUCAACAUGCUCAGAAGGGUUUGAAUCCUUCUAGGUCUAAAGACGCUAAAGUGCUGAAGAAGCGAAGAAAAGAAGCAUUCUUCUCUGAGUUAGGGAAAACAAAAACAGACAACAAGGCUCAAAAAUCCGAAGACGAAGCUCCUGAUUGGGCUCCUCUACGAGAUAAUUACAUGUUAGCAAACCCAAAGCUGAAGGACUGGGACAAAAAACAGGAAACAGCGGAGGGAGAUGAUUUUGCCGCUAUGUCAGGAGAUGAAAGUUACGAAGACUGAGUACUUGUGAAAUUGCUUAACCAGUAGUUACUGUACGAGCAAACCUUAUUUUGUUUUUGUAUCAAGCAGAUUCUUGUCUGAUC